GCACCAUACUGGAACAGGGGUCAGCAAGUGUCAUUGGUGUCAGCGGGAGGAAUAGUGCCCCAUCAUUGGUGUCACUGUAAUGAUGGGACACCAUCAUUGGUGUCAAUGGGAGGAAUAGUGCCUCAUCAUUGGUGUCAGUGGGAGGAAUCGUGCCCCAUCAUUGGUGUCCGUGGGAGGAAUCGUGCCCCAUCAUUGGUGUCCGUGGGAGGAAUCGUGCCCCAUCAUCGGUGUCCGUGGGAGGAAUCGUGCCCCAUCAUCGGUGUCCGUGGGAGGAAUCGUGCCCCAUCAUUGGUGUCAGUGGGAGGAAUAAUGCCCCAUCAUUGGUGUCAGUGGGAGGAAUAGUGCCCCAUCAUUGGCGUCAGAGCGAGGAAUCGUGCCCCAUCAUUGGCGUCAGAGCGAGGAAUCG